AUGUUGAGAUUAUUCCCAAAGAGAAGGCUGUUGACACAGAGAGCUGUGUGCAGCAUCCAAAGAGCAUCCUUUUCCACCACUUUCAUCAGAUGGAACGAGAGUAAACCAGAGGCCGCGUCUUCGCAGUCAGCUCCAAGGAAGAAGAGACCGCUGAGUAGAAUUCCAAUUGGUGGUACUUCAACGCAACAACAGAAGCUCAAAGAGACUAACUUGGAGUUUGCCAGUUGGAAGGCUGCGCUUCUCAUGAUUGCUGUUGGUGGCGGGCUUUGGUACUUCUUUACGAGCGAGAAGAAGAGAAUCCAAGUUCAGCAGGAUGCUGAAGCCAACAGAGGGUAUGGUAAACCACUUGUUGGAGGUCCUUUCAACUUGGUUGAUACCGAAGGAAAACCAUUCACUGAACAGAACUUGAAGGGGAAGUUCUCCAUCUUGUACUUUGGAUUCACUCACUGUCCAGAUAUUUGUCCUGAUGAAUUGGAUAAGUUAGGACUGUGGUUGGACAUGCUUAAGAAGGAAGGUUACAAAUUACAGCCAAUCUUCAUCACAUGUGAUCCGGCUAGAGAUUCUCCAGAGGUUGUUAAGGAGUACUUGAGCGAUUUCCAUCCGGAUAUUAUUGGAUUGACCGGUACAUAUGAACAGGUGAAGGAUUGCUGUAAGCAGUACAGAGUCUACUUCUCAACACCACCAAAUGUGAAGCCAGGUCAGGAUUACCUGGUCGAUCACUCUAUCUUCUUCUAUUUGAUGGAUUCAGAUGGUGAGUUCAUUGAUGCCAUGGGUAGAAACUACGAUAAUGAAACUGGCCCUGAGAGAAUCAAAGAACAAAUUGAUGCCUUCGUUCCUAAAGCUGAGCGUGAAAAGAAGAAGACGUCUGGUUGGUCCCUGUGGUAA